AGCAACGGCAGCAGCUUCAGUUCGCACCAACCUGACACGACAGCGACUCGGGUGCGAGCAAGUUAAAUUCUGGUUCCCGAAAAGCAAACACGGUUUGACCGCGGUGUCCGUUAUCAGUUUGUCAUUGUCGUGAGUGUUUGCAUAUUAGAUUGUCUUCUUUCUACCGUUAUAAAGCUAGGAAAAGGUGAAAAAUGGCCUGUACCGUGGUUCCGAAUGCAAUUUUCAAGAACGGCAACAGUAUUCCCAUGAUCGGUUUGGGUACCUGGAAUUCGCCACCGGGACAGGUCGCGCAGGCAGUGAAGGAUGCGAUCGACAUCGGUUACCGGCACAUCGAUUGUGCCCACGUCUACCAGAACGAGCACGAAGUAGGCGAGGGUAUCGCGGCAAAGAUUGCUGAGGGUGUCGUGAAGCGGGAGGAUCUGUUUGUGACGAGCAAACUAUGGAACACGUUCCAUCGGCCGGAUCUGGUUGAGGGUGCUUGCCGCACUACGCUCACCAACCUGAAACUGGACUACUUGGAUCUCUAUCUCAUUCACUGGCCGGUUGGAUACAAAGAGGGAUCAGAGCUGUUUCCGAUGGGCCCCGAUGGCAAGACGUUUGUGUUUUCCGAUGCCGACUAUGUCGAUACCUGGCCCGAGAUGGAGAAGCUGGUUGAUGCUGGGCUGGUGCGCAACAUUGGACUCUCAAACUUUAACACGAAACAAGUGCAGCGGGUGCUAGACAUUGCGCGGAUCGCUCCGGUCACCAAUCAAAUCGAGUGUCAUCCAUAUCUGCACCAAUCCAAGAUCACGUCUUUCUGUGGCACGAACGGCUUGAUCGUGACUGCGUACAGUCCACUCGGUUCACCCGCUCGACCCUGGGUAAAGGCAGAUGAUCCGGUGCUGAUGGAUGACGCGACGGUUGGCCAGCUGGCAAAGAAGUACGGAAAAACGACGGCCCAGAUUCUGAUUCGCUACCAGAUUCAACUAGGACACGUGGUGAUUCCGAAAUCCGUCACCAAGGAGCGUAUCGUUUCCAACUUUGAUGUUUUCAGCUUCCAGUUAAAUGAAACGGAUAUGCAGCAGCUAGCGGCUCUCGAGCGUAAUGGGCGCAUCUGUCCGGAAUCGAGCGCUUACGGCCAUCCUCAUCAUCCGUUUGAGAAGGAGGAAUAAAGCUUGUCUUGUUGUCGUUCCGCACUUAGUCGAAUAAACGUGCCAAAUCCCUCAUGA